UUUUUUAGCUUCCCCCCCGCCCCCCUUCUGGAAGGAGGGGGGUCCCGCUCGCACCUCCCUGGAUGGUGCGGUAGAAAGGAGGGGAGUGAGGGGCGGGCGGGGGGGCUCGUGGUGGGAGGCUGCCGCGGCGGCUGCUGCCGCAUUGGUGUCUCCCCUAUGGACGAAAACAGCCCUCUGUCUCCCAAGGCAAAUGCUUUCAGUAUCGCCUCUCUGAUUUCAGUCGCCGCCGCCGCCGAGCACGCAGGGAAGGGAGCGCUGGAGGAGCGCAGCGGCGGCCGCAGCGCGCCCGCCCGCCCCGCCGCCCGCCCGCAGAAGAUGCACUUCAGCACCGUCACCAGGGACAUGGAAGCUAUCUCCAGCCCCUGGCUCACCCAGCUGUCCCAUUUUUGCGAUGUUGCAGCUUUCACGGCCAACAGCCUGAGCAGCCUGAACGCCUCCGGGGGGUACCACCUCUCCCCCUCCCCGGGGGACCCGUACGGACAGCAUGAACCGCCGCACUACGAGCCCUGCACGGCUCAGCAGCACCCGCACCCGCCGCCCCAGCCGCAGCACGGUUACCCCUUCGGCGGGGCGGCGGCGGCCGGGGCCAACCCGCCGCCUCCGGGCCCCGAACCGCCCGACGGCGCCGGGGGAGCCGCCGCGGGGCCCGCCGCCGUCUCGGGCUGCUCCGCGGGGACGGCCGCCGCGGCCAAGGCGCCGGUGAAGAAGAACCCGAAGGUGGCCAACGUGAGCGUGCAGCUGGAGAUGAAGGCGCUGUGGGACGAGUUCAACCAGCUGGGCACCGAGAUGAUCGUCACCAAGGCCGGCAGGCGCAUGUUCCCCACCUUCCAGGUGAAGAUAUUCGGCAUGGACCCCAUGGCUGACUACAUGCUCCUCAUGGAUUUCGUCCCUGUCGACGACAAGCGCUACCGGUACGCUUUCCACAGCUCCUCCUGGCUCGUGGCCGGCAAGGCCGACCCCGCCACGCCCGGCAGGGUGCACUACCACCCGGACUCCCCGGCCAAAGGGGCGCAGUGGAUGAAGCAGAUCGUCUCCUUCGAUAAGCUCAAGCUGACCAACAACCUGCUGGAUGAUAACGGCCAUAUCAUUUUGAACUCCAUGCACAGAUACCAGCCGCGCUUUCACGUGGUCUACGUGGACCCCCGGAAAGACAGCGAGAAAUACGCGGAGGAGAACUUCAAAACCUUCGUCUUCGAGGAGACGCGCUUCACGGCCGUGACCGCCUACCAGAACCACCGGAUCACGCAGCUGAAGAUCGCCAGCAACCCUUUCGCCAAGGGAUUCAGAGACUGUGACCCCGAGGACUGGCCCAGGAACCACCGGCCCGGGGCCCUCCCUCUCAUGAGCGCUUUCGCCAGAUCCCGGAACCCGGUGUCGUCCCCGGCGCACCAGAACGGGACGGACAAAGAUGCCGCCGACGGCCGCCGGGACUACGAGCGGGACGCGGCGGGCGGCGCGGCGCUGCAGGCCGAGGCGGCGCACCAGCAGCUCAUGUCGCGCGUGCUCAGCCCCGCGCUGCCGGGCGGCGCCGGCGGCCUCGUGCCCCUGAGCGGCGGCGGCCGGCCCAGCCCUCCGCACCACGAACUGCGCCUGGAGCCCGCCGCCUCGGAGCCGCUGCACCACCACCCCUACAAGUACCCGCCGGCCGCCGCCUACGACCACUACCUGGGGGCCAAGAGCCGGCCCGCGCCCUACCCGCUCCCCGGCAUCCGCGGGCACGGCUACCACCACCACCACCACCAUCACCACCACCACCACGUGAACGCGGCCGCCAACGUGUACUCGCCGCCCGCGCCGCCCGCCAACUACGACUACGGGCCGCGAUAACGCGCCCUCGGCGCGACGGAC